GCUAGUGUACGUGUGGAUUCGAUUUUCGUUUGGUCCAAAAUUAACAUUAGGAUUUCAAUAACAGUGCUUCUCAAAAUUUCUAGAACCCACGUCACACUUGGGAGGGAUGGGGUUGGAAAAUGUCUGGGUUCCGUAUUAUAUAAGAGUCUCGCCCUAUAAUCCUCGAGCAGAAUAUUAUUCACUGUACUUUAUCCCUUUCUGUGAGGGAAUUAUGGUAAUUGAUAUCGAGGUUUUGACUCAUGGAUUCUGAUCGCCCCAGAAAACCUUCCAAAAAUUUAGUUCACUCUCGCUUCUUCCUUUUCGGCUUCUAUUGCUGGGAUUGGGAGUUCUUAACCGCUCUCCUCCUUUUUAGUUGUUCCCCUUAAUCUUGUUCCUUCAUAUUUUUAUUUUUUUUUCUUAUUAGAUCAGAUUGAACAAAAGGGUUGCUCUUUAUUUUUUAAUCUUGGGGGAAUAAUAGAAAUAGAAAUAAGAAAAGAUUAGUGAGGUUGAAAUGUUGCAACAACGAUCGGUGCCGGCACCGUUCUUGACGAAGACGUAUCAGUUGGUGGAGGAUCCGGGGACGGACGAGGUAAUAUCGUGGGGUGAAAGUGGGAACACUUUUGUGGUGUGGAAGCAUGCGGAUUUUGCAAAGGAUUUGCUUCCAAAAUAUUUCAAGCACAACAACUUCUCCAGCUUUGUUCGACAGCUCAACACCUAUGGAUUUCGAAAAAUUGUGCCAGACAAAUGGGAAUUCGCGAACGAACACUUCAAGCGAGGGCAGAAGGAGCUUCUCUCGGAGAUCAAACGCCGCAAGACCGUGCCUCAGUCGUCGACACAUUCCCCGGAUGCCGGAAAACCCGGCGCCGAAGGCAACUCUCCGUCGAACCCCGGCGGCUGCGACGACGCGGGCUCCACCUCAACCUCGUCCUCGUCCUCCGGUUCCAAGAACCAGGGAUCGGUGGAAACAAACACAACGCCUUCUCACCAGUUAUCGAGCGAGAACGAGAAACUGAAGAAGGAUAACGAAACGCUGAGUUGCGAGCUGGCACGUGCGAGGAAGCAGUGCGAUGAGCUCGUGGCUUUUCUCAGGGACCGUCUGAUGGUGGGUCCCGAUCAGAUCGAUCGCAUCAUGCGGCAAGGAAGUUGCGGAUCUGAAAACGCGGUAGGUGAAGGCGGUGGUGGAGGACACUGUUUGAAACUGUUUGGUGUUUGGUUAAAAGGGGAUACACUAACAGACAAAAGAAACAACCACAAGAGAGGCCGCGAAGACCAAAUGGGCUUCGGUGGGCCUCGCCUCAAGGAGUCAAAGCCCGUUGUUGACUUUAGUAGGAAUAGGAUGAUGAUGAUUAAUGAAAAAGGAAAAGGCUAAGCGGUAAUCAUGUUUGGGUAAAAAGACCAAAUGCGCUAGCCUAUGCUUCCUAAACAUGUUGAGGCUGUGUAAUUUUUAAUGUACGUAGGUAAAUGCCUCUAUGAAUAUUGAUUGGGAAAUUAAACAGGUUUUAAUAAUCAAUGUAUGGCCUUUUAUGUCAAUGCAUGUAAUGCUUAAAUGGCAGCAUUCUGUAGACUGUAGUUUGGUUUGAUGAUAUAGUGGAGCUGCACGAUCCGUGCCAA